CAGGCGGCAGGAAAAUGGGAGAAGGCUUUACAGGUAGCUGAGAAAGAUGAUAGGUUACAUCUUCGCACAACCCACUUUCAGUACGCCCGGCGCUUGGAAAGGAUGAGUGAAUGGGAUAAGGCGAUCUUUCACUAUGAGAAGGCAGGAGCACAGGCGCGGGAGGUGCCAAGGAUGUUGCACAAAGCAGGAAAAAUCGAAGAUUUGGAAAAAUACCUGUCGAGACAGAAGUCGACAGUAGCAGACCGAGAAUCUGGAGACGCAAAGAUGCUUUGGCGUUGGUGGGGAAGGUAUUGUGAGUCAAAGAGAGACGUAAAAGCUGCAAAGGAGGCGUACCGGAAGGCGGCAGACCUGGUGGCUCUGGUGAGACUCGCCUGCGUUGCCCAAGAUGUGGGUGCUGCAGAAGCGUUGUUGGAUGACAAAGAUGCCGGGGGAUUACAUCAAGGUGAAAUAUCCUGGAGACAGGCCUCCAACCACGCAAUGAAAGCCGCGGCUUCCUAUCACCUCGCCCGUCACUAUGAGGGAGCCCUCUACGAUGUUCUUCCCGCUCUUACCCACUACGCGCGUGCAGGAUGUUUCAAGCACUGUAUACGUUUAGCCAAGGCGCAUGAGCUCGACAAUGACGUCAUGCAAUAUGCCUUACAAAGCGGGCAGGCCGACCUAAUGCAAGAUAGCGCCCAAUAUUUCCUGAAACUGGACCAGAGUGAAAGAGCACAGGAGUUGAUAGGCAAGGCCAGAAAAAUGCGAGAAUCUUGACCCAGGGAGAUGUUGUGAAUUUAAUUAAAA